AUGUCACAGAGUAUGGCGAACGAAAAAACUACAAAAGGCAAUCCUCGCGAUUCUAUGAUAUCUACCUGGCGCCGUGGUGACCGAUCACAAUGGACAUUUCACCACUGGCUGCUUGAUAUACUGGGCACACAUCUCACACCUAAAGACGGUAACGUUCCUGUCUUUUCCAAGAGCGAAAAGAUACCGUCCGUACGGGAAUGGACUCUUCAUCUCUGGAUCAUGCUUCAUGCGUUGAUCCCUCACGCACUUCAACACAUCUACAUAACCUACACUGGAAAGAACCUCAACGCAAUCGCUGUUUUCUUUUUGUACAGCACGACAUUCUACGGGACUGGUAUCCAUCUCGUACAAACAAUUCGUCGCCUCGGUUGGAUCUACGGCUUCUUGGAUGGAGACAAGCAUGGACGAGACGAUAUCCCUGACGUUGGUGUAGCAAAAGUUGCGACGGAACUACUUUCUGUGCCUACACUUCGCCUGGCCAUGUCCAUCUACCUAUCAUAUGAACCGGAAAAGCUCCCACUCUCUUUCGAUUGGACGUGGCUAGCUGCGAAGAUCGGACUCUACAGCAUUACCGUGGACUUUUGGUUCUAUUGGUAUCACCGCUUGAUGCACUCCGUGGAUCCCCUAUGGAAAUUCCACCGUACGCACCACCUGACAAAACACCCUCACCCGAUGCUAGGUGCAUACGCGGACCACGAGCAGGAGUUUUUCGAUAUCCUUGGUAUCCCACUUCUUGCCUAUGGGACUCUGAAGGUGAUGGGUAUGCCUUUGUCAUUUUAUGAGUGGUAUAUUUGCUAUCAAUAUGUGGUCUUUUCCGAGAUCAUUGGGCAUAGCGGACUACGCAUUCACGGGGGCGCACCCUCCACUGUUAACUGGGUGCUUGAAUAUUUUGACGCAGAAUUGGUGAUUGAAGACCAUGACUUGCACCACCGCUAUGGGUGGAGACAGAGUCAUAACUAUGGAAAGCAGACCCGUCUCUGGGACCGUAUAUUUGGUACCUGUCGUGAACGCAUUGAAGGUCAUAAAGCCAACGUCGACUAUGAAAACCGUGUCACUUUCCCUCUUAUCUGA